UGUCAACUGUUGCAACACGUCCUGCCCUCCGCUGCAGCCUAUCUGUUCAUCUUUGAUGCCAGGCUGAUUGAAGGAGAGGAGAAGGGGAUGGGGUAAUAGCAGGGUUGUAAAAGUAACUUGACACCACAGAACAAACACAAUGAACCACACCUCCCUACCGCUCUCUUUCUCACUCACUCGUUCUCUGGCCCUCUUUGACGGUAUUAGGUAGAGAAGUCAUGAAAACGCCUACAUUGGGGAAUUGUGGAUGCCUGGGGCUAGUUUUCAUCCUCAUACCUGCUGAAUCUUUUGUGUGUGUUUUUUAACCAGAUCGGUUUGUGAGGCACUUCAUUUCAUCUUGGCAGCCCAAUUCUGAUCUUUUUUUCGUUAAUUUUUGAUGUGAUCCUCUGUAGCUCAAUUGGUAGAGCAUGGCUCUUGUAACGCCAGGGUAGUGGGUUCGAUCCCCGGGACCACCCAUACGUAAAAAUGUAUUCACACAUGACUGUAAGUCGCUUUGGAUAAAAGCGUCUGCUAAAUGGCAUAUUAUUAUUAUUAUUAUUAUCUGAUGUGAUUGGUCAAAAUACCAAUUCAUGGAAAAAAUAUCAGAAUUGGGCUGCCUGUGUAAACACAACCUUUGACGUUCAUUCUUCUCUAAUGGCGUGAUAAGGAUGACGUGACAAAGUUGUAUAAAUAUGUCACAGGUGUGACGAAUGCCCUAUUAUUACAGUGCAUGCACUGGCCCAGGUGCUCCUAAUUGAGUCUGUUAACUGAUUCAUUGAAACGUGAUUGGCUCCCUGUAUUUCCCUGUCUCUUAAUAAUCCUUGUUUAGUUUGUUUGAGGUGUGGCCAGUCAGGGGAAGCUGUGGCAGAGUGCCUUUGAAGUGGUUGGGUUUGCAAAGAGAAGUAUGAUUUGAGUUAGUUGAAAUGCUUUCCCUGCAUGGAAACCUGUUUUUGUUUGAUUCGAUUGUUUUGUAUCCUCCCUCCAUGUUGUUUUGCUAAGGUAGAGCAGAGCUACUGUAUAUAAUGACGAGAUGGUCUUGUCUCUGGGCUAACAAUGGGAGUCGUCCAAAAGCCAGUGGUCUGCUUAUCGUGCACAGAGUUUGACGGGAGUGUAAACCCUCUAACUUUGUCUCUUCCUCUCUGGGUAGAGCGAACUUGGUUUAGGGAAGUUGAAAUUGGGAGAGAGAAAUAAACUGUGACCUGUCUCAGACUUUCAUUCUCUGUACUUCCACUCAAGCCCAUUCUAAAAUAACCUGUGUGUCCUAUGCCAUGAGUUAUUCAGCGGCCUCUAUGCGCUUGGUGUAAACCUAGGGUGUGUAGAUGGCUCUAUGGUACCGAAUUUAGUUGUCACAGCACGUCUCGGCCAGGGUGUGACAAAUGCACGCAAAUGUUUACCUAGUUUUUAAUACAUAAUAAAAAUAAGCAAAAGUGUACACUGUAUGGUGAGGUGUUCAAUCACAUUGAUGAACAAAUGCUACUACAGUACCAUUAGUGUAUCUUUAUUGACACCCACCCACUCUGGCCAUGUUCGGCGUGGCUGCAGAUCAGACUUUUCUACACCCCUCUUCCCAACAGCUAAAGGUCUCAAAGCUUCUACUGUCUCCCCCACCUGUCCCCCCUCCAUCACGGGAAGGGCAGGUACAGACAAGGUUCCUGCAUUCUCCACACACACUCCUCUCAGACCAGAUGCUCACCUUCUGUCGCAACACCUCUUCCUCUCUCCUUCCCAAGCCUUACCAUCCAUUAUGGUUAAAUAGCAAACAUAUCUGUUAAUAGCAAUAUGUAUUGGCCUGGGUGACUGUUCCUGGAGAUAAGUGGUAGAUAUUUGACUAUGGCGCUAGAGUAUUGGUAGUUUAUUCUUUGGAAAAUGACAAUACAAAGUGAUAAUUCACCAAAUCAACCUUAUCAAUAUGCAUGAUCAUCCCUCCAAAUCCCACUGUACUUCUCCUACCUCAUUAUGAUGUUGUUGGUUGAUACAUGGAGGGGGUGUGCAAAUACCUACCUGCAAUAUGGUCUGACUGUGACCCAUCAUCCUCUGAACCGCCCAGGGAAAACGCCCAGGGAAACCCUGUCGCCUCUUCUAAUGGCGCCUGGCUACUUCCUUGUUCUAGCAGGUUAGGAGAAUUGUCAUAGCAGAUUAGGAUAAUUAACGUGUCAGGUUAAGAGAACUAUAGUAGCAGAUGCUACAAGGGCGGCAGGUAACCUAGCAGUUAAGAGUGUUGGGCCAGAAAGGUCGCUGGUUCGAAUCCCUGAACCGACUAGGUGAAAAAUCUGCAGAUGUGCUCUUGAGCAAGGCACUUCAUUGCUCAUGUAAAUCGCUCUGGAUAAGCGCAUCUGCUAAAUGACUCAAAUGUAAAUGUAAGUAGCCAAGAGCCAAUACAAGAGGGGGCGGGGUUUCCCUGGCGGUUCUUCCCUAUUCUUGGCCAGGACGCUGGUCACAGUCAGACCCUUCUCACCUGUGAAUGUUAAAGUGGGCGGAUCAUAGUUUAGAUAUGGCCACCCUAUUUCAGCCACGCCCGCCGCAGAGACAACAGAAACGUAGAUAAUUGAGAAGGGACGAAUCUGCUGUAGCGUUUUCUUGAGUUUGCUGUCGCGCGGAUUGAGUUGCCUUUGCAAACACGGAAACCGAUAGAGCAACGGAGCAGAAGGUAAGUUUUUAUCAAGGUUACCCAUCUGUCGAUCCCGCUGUAAUCCUCGUGGGAUGAGAUCUACUUCUAAAAAUAUGUUAGUGCUUACUUCGAAGUCUGUUGUGGGAUGCUCUACGAACGACGACAGACAAGUAGGUUAUUUUUAAUAUAUAUAUUUUUUACGUGCGGUUUAUUGCGAAUCUAGAUCGAAGGGUGACGCGUCCAGCAGCAACCGCACUACUCGACGUCAAGGUAGCCUUUUAAAUCUGCGUCGUCACUGCAUCAGGUGAGAACGUAGUCGGUGAUAGUAACAAAGGGACACUUGGACAGAUUACAAACUACAUUGCUAGCUGAUGUGACUUAAUAAUGAUACUCUCUUUCUAGUAUUUUCACAUUAGUCCUGUCAAACUUUCACUGACAAUUUGAGUAUAGCUAACCUUAUAGCAACUGAGUAAAGCUAACCUGGAUGGCAACAUCUGCAGAGGUAUGCCAAUUGUAGGCUACCUGUACAAACAAUUAUUUCCCCUUGUCAUAAGUAAUUAACAAUGACAACACCCAGCCAAUGUCCAAUCCUAUACUCUGAUUGCCAAAGUUGGUGGCUAUUCAAAACCACAGCGAUCAACCCUGUAGUAGUGCACUUUACGUUGACCAAUUUACUGUUUUAGGGAAGCUACUCUGAAUAUAUAGUUUACUAAACCAAUUAUUUCACACUGAAAGAAGUUGAGCUUAACUAAAGCUACCCUCAAAAAACAUGGUUUACUUAACUGAAGGGUAGAAUGCACAUUGUUUAAAUAUGACUCCAAAGUGAAACGUUCUUGCAAUUCGAAGUCUGACAUUUUCAGAUUUUUUAUAAGUGAGAAUUAGGCAGGUCUGAUGACGAAAAAUAUACAUUUGCCUACUUCACACACCUAUAAAUAUAAAAUAUUUUUAAAUUACUAGUUGUACUAAAUGUAGUUCACUGCUCCCCAACACUGGCAAUUUAUCUGACGUUUGCUUGUCUUGGUUUGAAGUUGGAAUUUGAGACCAUGGGUUGGUGAGAACACAAAAUGCACACAAGCCCUGGUAUGGAUCUGCCCUAAGGAUACACAAUUUGCAGGCACUCAUUCAAAUGGUUUUAGCACCUGAAAUACUGGGUCCUGUUUUUAAGUUGAGUGUUUCGUAUGGUUAAGGUGUGGCAUCCAACUAUCAACUGUUGAGCCAACCCUGUAUUCAGUUCAGUGAAUGGCCUUCUCAGGCCACUGGGUUGUCUUCAAGCGAUUUAGCAGAAUGCAAUGUUCCUGGUAGGAAUCUAGUCCUUCCUUGGACACUAGACCAUACACACCUUAACAUAGAAUUAUGAUUAGUACAUAUCUGUUCUGCAAUCACAUCUUGCUUAGUCACUUCCCCCACCCAUUUUUUCUAGAUACUAAAAUUGUUAAAGCCAUACACUCCUAGUAACUAGAUAAGAGACAGCCUGGUCUCAUAGACAAAACGUAACAUAGUAAAUGUAAAUCCGGGGGACUGAAAUUGGUAUGAUAUGUUACAUUUGGUAUGGUUACAUAAGACAGAAGGUUACUUAAGGCAAAAAAUUAAGUAGGGUGGUUGGGCGGGCAUAUAACGUGAAUGUCUAGCAACCCAAAGGUUGUGUGUUCGAAUCUCAUCACGGACAGCUUUUACGUUUCAGAAACUUCAACUACUUUUUAGCUACUCUACUUGGCAUGUUGGCUAACCUUAACCCCCAGCUAACAUUAGCCACCUAGCUAACGUUCCCGACGACAAAUUGGAAUUCGUAACAUAUCAUAUGAAAUGGAUGAUGGACAUCCACAAAUGAAUACAUUGCCAUACGAAACGUAACACAUUAUACUAAUUGGAGUGUCCCGAAUUUACAUUUACUAUGUUACGUCUACCCCUGAGUCAAGAUUUUAAAUAGGGGGGAAUUAAGCCUAACUGGAGUGUCAGAUGGGCGAUGUUUGCACUGUUGGGACUAUUCCAUUGGUUCCAUUGUGCCAUGCAAUUAAGCCCAGCUAGUAUUUGAACGAUUUCAAAAUGCUGUUUGUUUGAACCCAGGUCUGAUGAGGUCACCACUGGCUAAUGUCUAGUUUGACAGACCUGCCCUGCUCUCCUCAGCAACACGUUUCAACGCCUCUCUUCGCACUUGUGUUCUUGGCCUCCAUUCAAUCCAGUCUUUAGCUUGGCUUCCCCCUGCCCUUUUAACACAGACAGCCACAUGCCACCUCCAUCUGCAGCAGCUUGAGCUAUAGGGCUUUAUUAUGCUGUCUGACAACAACAGAGUUUUGAACCAAAAUGACUGGAUAACCUAGGUAAAUAAUACUGGUUGGUAGCAGAGUUGGAUGAGUUGCCAUACAGGAUUUAUAGCAGGGUUUCCCAACCACCAGGCCACACAGCAUUGGCUACCGGGUCGCUGGUUUAUAGGACUAGUUGGCAUUUUCAGACCUUCUCUUUUCAAAUACUUUUUGAACCCAGAUCUGGACCCAAUGUAGAGAAAUCUAAUCGGGCAACUGCAAGACGAACCAUGCCGGAUCCCUCAAGUGUGAAUGGAUAAGGAGUUGUGUUAAAGGGCAAUUCCGCCACUUUUCAACCUCAUUAUCUCCAGCAACUUUUAAACUUUAUAUUUAUGUGCCUUUUUCACACAUGUAGAUACUGGUAUUGUGCUGGAGAUUAUGGAAAUUAGGUUGAAAAGUGGUUGAAUUGCCCUUUAAUUGACACUAGUCAUUUGAGUUGACAAGCCAGUCAUAUGAGUUGAAAGGUGACUAGGAAAUCCUUGGCAGUCACAGCCCACUGUAUGGGCUUACUCUCUGAUCCUCUAACACUAUGACAAUGGGUACCAUCAAUUGUGGAUGUCAGUAGUGUCCAUUUUGACUGAAGUUGGGCAAUAAGACCCUCAGGAAAUGCAUGUGUCAGCCCUGCAACACCAUAUUAAGCAACUUCCUGUGGCAGUUGGCCCACGGUUAGCACUUCGCUGUUGAAAACCCAGAUUCAUGUGAAAGUCUCACAUUCUUAUGGUCGUCUUGUCUGCAUUUCCUCAUGUGUCCCAUGAGAACCCAUUCCUCCUAUGUGUUUCAGAUGGGGCUUACGUGCAUGAGGUUAGCCCUGAUACCAGAUCUGUUUGGGCCAACUUCUUGUCACUCAAUGUCACGUUUGGUCUGAGGGACAAGGAGUUGGCGAGACUGCACAAACAGAUCUGGGAUCAGGCUAGCAUGGGGUCAUUAUGAGUGGGAACAGUUAGUCCUGUAUUAGUCCUGAUUUAAGAUGGGUAGUCACUCUGGUUUAGUAGUCCGCUCCUGCUGUGUUGGUCCUGGCACAUGUAGUGGGCAACCAACCGCAUGGACACAGAGAUCCUUUAGGUGAUCCACCUCCUCCCCCUCUGUCUUUAAUCAGAGCAUCAGUCUGAGCCUAUAAUGAACUUGGACACCUGGAUGUUAUCCAGCUGGAUGUUAUCGCUCUAUCCCUCUCUCUCAUCCCUCUCUAUCCCCCUUUCUCUCCCUCCUUCUCUCUCUGUCCCAAUUAUUUUACACGUUCUCCCUGAUAGGGGGGACAGGGGUUAGAGACACACACUGUUUAGUGUCACCACCUCAGGGAAUAUGGGUGACCUGAUCAGGGUGAUAGAUCUGGACACAGCCUCAUCAGCCUUCAACCAGUAUAAGGCAGCGUUUACACAGGCAGCCCAAUUCUGUUCUUUUUUCCACUUAUUGUGUUUUUAUCAAUCACCUAAGAUCUUUUCACAUCAGAUCUUUUUCAGUUCUGAUCUAAUUGGUCAAAAUACAAAUAGGUGAGAUGAAUUGGGCUGCCUGUGUAAACGCAGCCUAGAAUGCAUAUAAUUAUAAUGGUGGACAAGGCAUCCAUGUACAGCAGGGUUCUUCAAUUCCGGUCCUGGAGGGCCGAAACACUUCUGUUUUUUAUUUCUACCUGGUAGUUAAUUGCACUCACCUGGUGUCCCAGGUCUGAAUUAGCCCCUGAUUAGAAGGAGAGGAUGAAAAACAGAGGUGUCUCGGCCCUCCAGGACCGGAAUUGAAGAACCCUGCUGUACAGGUUAUGUAAGCCUAAAGAUAUUGAUCAGACCUGGAAUGGAUUUUACAAUGUUACCAAAACUGGUUACGACUGGGUGUUGUAGCCUGAGGCCAAUGAGUAUGUACACACACCCUGACACACACACACACACACACACACACCCUUGAAAGGGUCAUAGCUAGAUACGCAAGCAGAUAGAAAUAGAAAUUGACCUAGAAUACCUGGGCAUGUAUUCAUAAAGCGCCUCAGUCUAGGAGUUCUGAUCUAGGAUCAGCCUUUUGGAUCAUAAUGAAUACGAUUAUGGACAGGUGGGACCUUAUCCUAGAUCAGCACUGUGGCUACUCUGAGACACUUUAUGAAUACAGGCCCUGUGAUCGAAGGGGGAAGUAUUAGGUUAAGAUGUAGAUCUGUCUGUGUAUUCACCAAUUUAACAUGGUGACGGCGUCUGUUCUUAAGGGUGUGGUCUGUCUGUGACUGAGUAUAAUUAAACAUCUGUCUAAACUUGCUCCAGACAUUCCUCACUGGCUGUCCUGUUUUUUUGUUCCCCUUCAAAUUAAGUUAGGAAGCCCUCAUUUGUCUUCCUCUGACUGGUCCACUGCUCUUUAUCUGUCCUUAAGACAACGUUAUGUAAUAAAUGACAGCUGUGGUGCAUUCAUUAGGGCACACUGUAGCAAAACAUUUUGCAACAAAACUAAAACAAGCGUUUCUUAUUAGACAAAGUUCAGGUAGUCCCUUCCUGUUUCAUUCCAUUUUCUUCCAUUUGGUGAUGAACAUGAUACUGAGAACGCUAUGUGGUGUUAAAGUACACAACUGUCCAGUGUCCAUUUUAAGAAGAAUUGUCAACUUCAUCAAGCAUAGCCAUCAAGCAAUAGUGGGAGUGUUCUGUUUUGGUAAUUAGGGGAUAGGAAGACGAAACAAGAGACGUUUUGGAAAUUUGUGGAAUUCCCUGUUCUAAUGAGUGGGCCAGUUUAUCGGUCGCGUACACAGAUUUGCAGAUGUUAUCACAUGUGCAGCGAAAUGCUUGUUUCCAGCUCCAACAGUUCAGUAAUACCUAGCGAUUCAAAAAAAGUACACACACAAUCCAUAAAAAUGAAGGAAUAUCAGAACGAGAAUGUGACCCUGGUUGGAAGAUGGGAUGGCCAGGUAAACGAGGGAGGGGGGGGGUGUAAGAUGCAUGUAUGGAACAGUGGAGGGAGAGAUUGGAGAGACACAUGACUAUCUAUGUAGGGAGCACCAGGUCAAUGCCCAGAAGUUGUCUCGUCUUGUAGAGUGCAGCAGUAGUGAGAAAGACCAGCUUGUAAGGGCCAAAGGUCACAAUAGAAAUGUGUGUGUCUGUCUCACUGUGUGUGUGUGGGAAUCCAAUGACAUGUGCAUGCACUAUUCCUGAUUGUCACAACCCAUUUAGAGUCUGAUCCAGUUUAUGUUUGGCAAAGGCAGUCCAUAACACCUCUUAUGUCUCAUGAGACAAUCUACCAAGCUUACAGAGGAUCAUCCUCGUAAUACAUCCUCAUAGUACAACCUCUAGCGAGCAGCCAUGCGUGAGCGCGUGCCUGCGGAUGUGCGCAUCCUCUCAUACAUGGCAGAUAACGCAAAUAUUCCUGAGAAGCAUGUUUCACUUAACGCAUGUUUACUUCACGCAUAGCAAUGCAUUUUCAGCAAAUGGGAAUCGCAUGUUUAACCUUUAUAACAAGCUCAUGUUCAGCGUUCUCAACAAUGACCACAUGCUCUGAAAUGGUUACAGUAAUUUGAUAUAGGUCAAUUUUAGGACCAUGCUGUGCAUAUGACCUGAACUUAAACGGGUUGAGUGAAUUAUAUGCUUAUUGUUUCACUCAAACUUUGUCUCUAAGGUAUGAAAUCCAUAGGAAUGGGAAGCCGUAUGACCAAAAUAAUUACAUCAGUUGAACUGUACCGUUUGUCAUUUAUAAAGGCCCGAACUGCACCUGCAUACCGUUUUUGAGCGCCCCUCACUUUAAAGGAAGGCAUUUCGACCAAAAGUUUGCUGGGCCGUAACAAUCUAUUAGGUUAGCUCAGUACGUCUGCAUUUUUCUCUGGAAGCUUACGAGACUUGUCCUAUUUUCCCUGUCCAUCCUACAGCCAUGUCAGAAGCAAAUAAGUUAUUGUACAGGGAGAGGCAAAACUCUCUAUAGGUCUGGUCAUGAGUUCAUGACAAACUCCUGGCCCAAACCAUGAUCAUCAAUUCAUUAUUUUUCACUGGGCGUUUCCAUGACUCAUAUUUUUCCUCUCCACCCUACAGCCACAAUGUUCUGUUUCACUUUCCUUUCCCCAUCCUACCUCCUGGGUGGUGUGUUGUCUAAUCGUUGUUAUUAUCUUUGUUCUACAGCCACCAUGUCGGAAGCGGACAAGUUCCUCUACAGAGACGGCGGUAAGGUCGCCAACCCCCUAGACCAGGCCGACUGGGCCACCAAGAAGCUAGUAUGGGUCCCUUCGGAGACGCUGGGGUUCGUGACCGGCUCCGUCAAGGAAGAGCAGGGAGAGGUGUGCGUGGUGGAGCUAGCCGAUACAGGCAAGAAGGUGACAGUAAAUAAAGACGAUAUCCAGAAGAUGAACCCUCCCAAGUUCAAUAAGGUGGAGGACAUGGCCGAGCUCACGUGUUUGAACGAGGCCUCAGUGCUGCACAACCUCAAGGAGAGGUACUACUCUGGCCUCAUCUACGUGAGUGUUUUACGUGCUUCAUGUGCCCAUAUUUACAUAAAUACACCAUCCGCAUACAUACGUGUAAAAUAACACAUGUACAGUAAAAUGUAAUAAUUGCGCAGACUCUUAUUCAGAACAAUUGAAAUGUCUGUAUACAGUAGGAUAAAUACACAGCACUCUGGACGACCAAUGAUGUAACAGUAUGUUAUUCACCUUCACCUUUUGACAUAUUGUGAGACGUUUGGAUCAGAAUGUUGGUAUAGAUGGUUAGUGUUGCCUGUCUGCUGAAAUUUCCUUCUCUUGUACCUUUCAGACGUACUCUGGCCUCUUCUGUGUGGUGAUAAACCCCUACAAGUACCUGCCCAUCUACUCGGAGAACAUCAUUGAGAUGUACAAGGGCAAGAAGAGACACGAGAUGCCCCCUCACAUCUACGCCAUCACAGACAACGCUUACAGGAGUAUGAUGCAGGGUGAGAGAGUGUGAUGACACACAUACACACCUGUGCUACACACACACACCUACAGUGAUGGGGGGGAAAAAAUUAUUUGAUCCCCUGCUGAUUUUGUACGUUUGCCCACUGACAAAGAAAUGAUCAGUCUAUAAUUUGAAUGGUAGGUUUAUUUGAACAGUGAGAGACCGAAUAACAACAAAAAAAUCCAGAAACACGCAUGUCAAAUGUUAUAAAUUGAUUUUGCAUUUUAAUGAGGGAAAUAAGUAUUUGACCCCCUCUCAAUCAGAAAGAUUUCUGGCUCCCAGGUGUCUUUUUAUACAGGUAACAAGCUGAGAUUAGGAGCACACUCUUAAAGGGAGUGCUCCUAAUCUCAGCUUGUUACCUGUAUAAAAUACACCUGUCCACAGAAACAAUCAAUCAAUCAGAUUCCAAACUCUCCACCAUGGCCAAGACCAAAGAGCUCUCCAAGGAUGUCAGGGACAAGAUUGUAGACCUACACAAGGCUGGAAUGGGCUACAAGACCAUCGCCAAACAGCUUGGUGAGAAGGUGACAACAGUUGGUGCAAUUAUUCGCAAAUGGAAGAAACACAAAAGAACUGUCAAUCUCCCUUGGCCUGGGGCUCCAUGCAAGAUCUCACCUCGUGGAGUUGCAAUGAUCAUGAGAACGGUGAGGAAUCAGCCCAGAACUACACGGGAGGAUCUUGUCAAUGAUCUCAAGGCAGCUGCAACCAUAGUCACCAAGAAAACAAUGAAGGACUGAAAUCCUGCAGCGCCCGCAAGGUCCCCCUGCUCAAGAAAGCACAUAUACAGGCCUGUCUGAAGUUUGCCAAUCAACAUCUGAAUGAUUCAGAGGAGAACUGGGUGAAAGUGUUGUGGUCAGAUGAGACCAAAAUGGAGCUCUUUGGCAUCAACUCACUCGGCGUGUUAGGAGGAGGAGGAAUGCUGCCUAUGACCCCAAGAACACCAUCCCCACCGUCAAACAUGGAGGUGGAAACAUUAUGCUUUGGGGGUGUUUUUCUGCUAAGGGGACAGGACAACUUCACCACAUCAAAGGGACGAUGGACGGGGCCAUGUACUGUCAAAUCUUGGGUGAGAACCUCCUUCCCUCAGCCAGGGCAUUGACAAUGGGUCGUGGAUGGGAAUUCCAGCAUGACAAUGACCCAAAACACACAGCCAAGGCAACAAAGGAGUGGCUCAAGAAGAAGCACAUUAAGGUCCUGGAGUGGCCUAGCCAGUCUCCAGACCUUAAUCCCAUAGAAAAUCUGUGGAGGGAGCUGAAGGUUCGAGUUGCAAAACGUCAGCCUCGAAACCUUAAUGACUUGGAGGAGAUCUGCAAAGAGGAGUGGGACAAAAUCCCUCCUGAGAUGUGUGCAAAUCUGGUGGCCAACUACAAGAAACGUCUGACCUCUGUGAUUGCCAACAAGGGUUUUACCACCAAGUAUUAAGUCAUGUUUUGCAGAGGGGUCAAAUACGUAUUUCCCUCAUUAAAAUGCAAAUCAAUUUAUAACAUUUUUGACAUGCUUUUUUCUGGAUUUUUUUUGUUAUUCUGUCUCUCACUGUUCAAAUAAACCUACCAUUCAAAUUAUAGACUGAUCAUUUCUUUGUCAGUGGGCAAACGUACAAAAUCAGCAGGGGAUCAAAUACUUUUUUCCCUCACUGUAUAACCUCACGCACACACUCACAUGUAUUUUCUAUCUUCCAUUUCAGAUCGUGAGGAUCAGUCCAUCCUCUGCACGUAAGCCAUGUCUCUGAUCAAAAUCUUGCCUGUGUUUUAUUUAUGCAUAUUGUCUAGCUCCUAUGAGAUUUGUCUUUUGCCGUCUGUUCCCAUCUUCAAUCAGCAACUCCUGUAAUCCCUCCCUCCCUCAUUUCUCUCCUUGUCCCUUUUUAUCUCUUCUUUCCUACAGAGGAGAAUCAGGAGCUGGAAAGACUGAGAACACCAAGAAAGUUAUCCAGUAUCUGGCACAUGUUGCAUCUUCCUUUAAGUCCAAGAAAGACCAGGUCAGUACCAGCCCUCCUUUUUACCUCCUCACUUGCCUUCUUCCUACACUUCCAUUCUCUGUCCUCUGUAGUUUUCCUGUUCCGCUGUUCAUGUUCUCAUCCCCCUGUACUUAUUCUCAGAGUCAGGGUAGUUGUUCCGUAUUCCUAACAUUCCUGUUUCAGGCCCGGACCUGCCUGCCUCGCAUCCCUGCAGUCACCAGGGCCCGUAUUCAUAAAGCGUGCUGAUCUAGGACCAGUUUUUGCAUUUUAACUCUCGCUAUGAGCAAAAUGUACAUGGACGGGGCGACCUGAUCCUUGAUCAGCACUGUCUCCUACUGAGACACUUUAUGAAUAGGGGCCAUUUGAGAAUCAUUACAGUCCCUUCCAGUUGCGUGACACUGUGUGUUUUUACGUUAGUACUUGUGUUAAACUCUCUCUCUUUCUCUCUUUAUCCAUCGUUCCCCAUCUCUAGGGUGCAGCAUUGGCACAUGUGAGUUAAUUCUCUCCCUCUCGCUCGCCAUCUUCCCCGCUCGCCAGUUAUCUUUCCCUUCAUGUACAUGUAUGUUCUACUAACUGCAGUCAGUCUGUCUGUCUGCUGCAAGCUGUGUGGUGGUGUAAUGUACAGGUGAAAAGGACGUAUUUGAGGUGUGAUGAAGGAUCCUCAUAUGUUAUACCUUAGAUUUAGGUUGAAAAGAGUACUGCAUGAUAUUUCAAAUUACCGCAUAGUGAAGCAGACCAAGUAACAAUGCUUCGGACUGCGUUUACACAGGCUGCCCAAUUCUGAUCUUUUUUUUUCUCACUAAUGGUCUUUUGACCAAUCAGAUCAGCUCUGAAAAAGAUCUGAUAUGUAGUGUGAAAGAAAUAUCCGAAUUGGGCCGCUGUGUAAACGCAGCCCUAGAAUCCCAUUUAAGUUGUAUGUAGUUAGCAGGUGUUUAGCCCUCAGCAAAGUUCUCAUGAGUCAAGCCACACUAGUAGUGAAGGGGUAACCCACUCUUGUUUGUCUGAACUGCAAUAACAGUGAACUGUUCCCACCCCACACCCUGGCGUUUGUCCACCUGAUCUGGUUGGUCUUAGAACAGGCAGUCAACAAAACAACAAAAGCUGAUUAAUCUGCCGUUUUGGUUGUUAAACGCCUGUGUGCUAUCUUGGAAUCUCUGAGAUUAUCUCAAAUGCUUUAAAUGCUUAGCAUCUUUUGUGCUUGCGUGGGCUGGGCUUGUGGUCGGGACGGUGGCGUGUGUGGGCUGGGCUUGUGUGUGGGCUGGGCUUGUGUGUGGGCUGGGCUUGUGGAUGGGAGAGUGUGUGGGCUGGGCUUGUGGUCGGGACGGGAGAGUGUGUGGGCUGGGCUUGUGGUCGGGACGGGGGAGUGUGUGGGCUUGUACUUGGGCAACAGGUCUGAGUCGGAAUCUGGAAUAUUUAACAUGAAUGAGUGUAUGGGUUUAUUAGGAAACUAUAGCUUCACUGGGGUCAUACAAACCAAGGAAGUAUUAUAAUGGUAGCAUAUCCUGUUUACUGCUUACAGCGACGCACACCUGCUAAUUAUAUAAGUCUAUUAUGAACACUGAUAUAAGGCGGCAUACACUCGGUGGCCAGUUUUAGGUACUCCACCCCGUUCACGAAAAUGGUUCGUUCCUACAGACAGUGAGUCACGUGGCUUGCUAUAUAAAGCAGGCAGACGGGCAUUCAGUUACUGUUCGAUUGCAAAUUAGACUGGGCAAAACGAGUGACCUAGGCGACUUUGAGUGUGGUAUGAUUAUCGGUGCCAGGCACCCCGGUUCCAGAAUCUCAAACGGCCGGCCUCUUGGGCUUUUCACGCACGACAGCGUCUAAGAUUUACCGAAAAAGUUGCGAAAAACAAAAAACAUCCGUUCAGUGGCAGUCCUGUGGGCGAAAACAGCUCGUUGAUGACAGGUCGAAGGAGAAUGGCAAGAAUCAUGCACGCUAACAGGCUGGCCACAAACAGGCAAAUAAUGGCGCAGGACAACAGUAGUGUACAGAAUGGCAUCUCGGAAUGCACAACUCGUCGGUCUUGUCACGGAUUGGCUAUUGUAACAGACGACCACACAGAGUUCCACUCAUAUCAACACUCCUAUCAGUGGGCGCUCUAUCACCAAUGCUGGACAAUUGAGUGGAAAAGCAUAGCCUGGUCCAAUGAAUCCUGGUUCCUGUUGCGUCAUGCUGAUGGCAGAAUCAGGAUUUGGCGUAAGCAGCAGUCCAUGGCCCCAUCCUGCCUGGUGUCAACGGUACAGGCUGGUGGAGGUGGUGUAUUGGUGUGGGGAAUGUUUUUUUUUCCUGGCAAUUAGGUCCCUUGAUACCAGUUGAGCAACGUUUGAACGCCACACCUUGUAGAGUCCAUGCCCUGAAUAAUUCAGGCUGUUCUGGAGGCAAAGAGGGGGUCCAACCCGGUACUAGAUGGGUGUACCUAAUAAAAUGGCCAAUGAGUGUACGCAUGUGCGUAACAUUGCUGUAGUUCCAUGAUUAACACAUGGAGUCAAGCAGGUGAUCCCAAUGCUUCUCGACAAGGUGAAAUGCAAUGCUUGCAGCAAUGAAUGAAGUAGUUGAAGCACCUUACUGAAUGAAUGCUCAUGUUGAGUCAUCCUGCCAGCCAUAAUGAUGUUAACAUUUGGUAUAUGUGUGAAUAUAUUUAUAUGUAUGUGAAUAUACUGUAUGUACAUGUUUUUGUCACCAGGGGGAGCUAGAGAAACAGCUUCUGCAGGCUAACCCCAUCCUAGAGGCCUUUGGAAACGGCAAGACGGUCAAGAAUGACAACUCCUCCAGAUUCGUAAGAACCUUUUUUUUACCAUCUUCGCAAUUAUGUGGUGAUGGUAAUGACUAGAGACCAGUAUUGACUGUAACUGGAUCCACUGCCACCUGGUCAUACAAAUUACAGAUUUCUCCUCCUCGCUUUCUCACUCUUUCUAGGGGAAGUUUAUCCGGAUUAACUUUGACGUCAAUGGAUACAUUGUGGGAGCCAACAUUGAAACUUGUAUCCUUUUAAUCAAUGAGUCUUCAUAUUUCUUGAAGGAAAUACAGUCUUCAAGCUAGAAUCCUUAGUUGAAACGAUAACAAAGCGGACACCCCGCCUCUGUUUUGGUAAAAAGUUGAGGGAUGGGCCUGGAUAAAUAUAACCACUUCAAAUUCAUGGAUAGAGCUAUGGAUGCAAGGACUGACCAUCCAUGAUAGCAACAUUUUAGUUUUAACCAUGUCUUGAAGCUAUACAGUGUUUAACAUUUACAUGGUUUACAAACAUUUGAGUCAAACAAGCUUAUCUUGGGUUCUGAUGGUGCAACGCAAGUGAACUAAGCUCAUGAGGCAUUUAUAAGUUAUUCUUCAAGAAUCAAUGGUUAUAUAUCAUUAAUUUCUAAGUCCAAAAAUCUAUGUAGCAACUAAGGAUUCUAGCUUUAACGUACAAUAUUCCACAACUUAUGUGUUGUCGGUAGUGUGUUUUUUUUUUUUUUUUUUUUUUUUUUCUUGACGAACGAUGUUGCCAGAUCUGCUGGAAAAGUCGAGAGCCAUCCGACAGGCUAAGGAUGAAAGAGCCUUCCAUAUCUUCUACUACAUGCUCACAGGAGCUGGGGAGAAAAUGCGCUGUGAGUGAGCAACAACUAAUUGUAUAUAGGGCGGCAGGUAGCUUAGUGGUUAAGAGCAUUGUGCCAGUAACCGAAAGGUCGCUGGUUCUAAUCCCCGAGCCGACUAGGUGAAAAAUCUGACUGUGCCCUUGAGCAAGGCACUUAACCCUAAUUGCUCCUGUAAGUCGCUCUGGAUAAGAGCGUCUGCUAAAUGACUAAAAUGUAAAUUAUAUAAAUUGUUAUGCUAUGUUAAAAACAUUUUAUUUAUUUUUUGUUGAGGGGAUAUUACAUUUGCGUCAUUUAGCAGACACACUUAACCCUAAUUUCUCCUCUAAGUCGCUUUGGAUAAGUUCCUUGCUCAAGGCCAGAUCGAACCAACAACCUUUAGGUUACUGGCCCAACGCUCUUAACCGCUAGGCUACAUGCUGCCCAUUAUUAUAAGUGUAAUGGUUGGACUGUAAAAUACGUUUUGAUUUUAAAUAUAUAUAUCCAGUAACCCUUAAAAGCCUGCCGUUUUUAUAAUGCUUUAUAACUUGUAAUAACUAAUAAGCAUGUAUGAGCCUUUUUAUAGUAUCUUAUAGUAAGGCUUAUAAUGUUAUGUCUCUCUAACCAGCCGAGCUAUGUCUGGAGGACUACAAGAACUACCGCUUCCUGACCUACGGGAACGUGACCAUCCCUGGUCAGCAGGACCAUGACCUGUUUGUGGAGACCAUGGACGCCUUCAACAUCAUGAGCAUCCCAGAGGAGGAGCGGAUAGGUACACUGACUCCCCUCUGUCACACUUGAUUCUUAGCCUAUAAUACUGUAAUACUACAGUGUUCAAAUAGCUUUUUCCAGAUCAAAUCAAAUUUUAUUGGUCACAUGCGCCGAAUACAACAGGUGCAGACAUUACAGUGAAAUGCUUACUUACAGCCUUAACACAGUGCUUAUUUUUAACAAAAAGUGAACAUAAAACAACAAAAAAAGUGUUGAGAAAAAAAAGAGCAGAAGUAAAAUAAAGUGACAGUAGGGAGGCUAAUAUACAGUGGGGUACGUUGCAGAUAAUGUGCGGGGGCACCGGCUAGUUGAGGUAGUUUAGGUAAUUGUACAUGUGGGUAGAGUUAAAGUGACUAUGCAAAUAAUUAACAGAGUAGCAGCAGCGUAAAAAGGAUUGGGUGGGGGGGCAGUGCAAAUAGUCCGGGUAGCCAUGAUUAGCUGUUCAGGAGUCUUAUGGCUUGGGGGUAGAAGCUGUUGAGAAGUCUUUUGGACCUAGACUUGGCACUCUGGUACCGCUUGCCGUGCGGUAGCAGAGAGAAGUCUAUGACUAGGGUGGCUGGAGUCUUUGACAAUUUUGAGGGCCUUCCUCUGACACCGCCUGGUAUAGAGGUCCUGGAUGGCAGGAAGCUUGGCCCCAGUGAUGUACUGGGCCGUACGCACUACCCUCUGUAGUGCCUUGCGGUCGGAGGCCAAGCAGUUGCCAUACCAGGCGGUGAUGCAACCAGUCAGGAUGCUCUCGAUGGUGCAGCUGUAGAAUUUUUUUGAGGAUCUGAGGACCCAUGCCAAAUCUUUUCAGUCUCCUGAGGGGGAAUAGGCUUUGUCGUGCCCUCUUCACGACUGUCUUGGUGUGUUUGGACCAUGAUAGUUCGUUGGUGAUGUGGACAAUGGUGAUGUGGAUCAAUGCAAUUUAUGUAAAUAACUAAUGAUUGGUUGGUUGAUGAUGCUGUUCUCCCUCAGGUCUUCUGAAGACUGUGUCUGCCGUGCUCCAGCUGGGGAACAUGAGCUUCAAGAAGGAGCGGAACUCUGACCAGGCCUCCAUGCCUGACGAUACAGGUACUUCACAUCUGGUUUUCACUAAUCAUUUCUGGGGUUCCACCAGGAUCGGUACUGGGUACAUUUUUGUUUUAGUCCUGCACUAACACACCUGUUUCUACUAAUCAUGAGCUCUGUGAUUAAUUGAAUCAAAUGCAUUAGUGCUGGGUUAGAACAAAAGUACUACUCCGCCACUUGGGUCCUUAAUGAGACUUUGUCUCCUGCAACCUUCCUUCAUAGCUUCUACAAUCCCUUACCUUCUCCAUUCAUCCAGCACCACCCACUCACCCACCCCUUUCUCUCUCCCUCAGCGGCCCAGAAAGUGUGCCACCUGCUGGGCAUGAACGUGACCGACUUCACCCGGGCCAUCCUGUCCCCCAGGAUCAAGGUAGGCAGGGACUACGUUCAGAAGGCCCAGACCCAGGAGCAGGCUGAGUUUGCGGUGGAAGCCCUGGCCAAGGCCUCCUACGAGAGGAUGUUCCGCUGGCUAGUGAUGAGGAUCAACAAGGCCCUGGACAAGACCAAGAGACAGGGAGCCUCCUUCAUCGGCAUCCUGGACAUCGCUGGCUUUGAGAUCUUUGAGGUAAGAUUGUGGAAAAGGGGUAUGUUUUUGGUUGGUCAUUGAAUACAAACAAUGGAUUGGCAUGAGUGGUCAUUGAUUGCCAAUGGUUUUCAAAACACAUCUUAAUCUAUUUUUUAGUUAGGUCUUUACUUCUUUCUCACAUUAAGAAACUUUUCAUUUCGGAGUUCUCGCCAAAAAUGUCUAAUUAAUGUGUACCUUCUGUCUUUUCCCAUGUAGCUGAAUUCGUUUGAGCAGCUGUGCAUCAACUACACCAACGAGAAGCUGCAGCAGCUGUUCAACCACACCAUGUUCGUCCUGGAGCAGGAGGAGUACCAGAGGGAGGGCAUCGAGUGGAGCUUCAUCGACUUCGGCCUGGACCUGCAGCCCUGCAUCGACCUCAUCGAGAAGCAUGUAAGUAUAUCGCCACUACCUCCUCUUCCCUAAUGGGCCUGAGGCUUAUGUGAUUUGUUCUGUUCCAAAUUACACUAAAACAAUUAACCAGUCUUUGGACAAGCAUAAACAGCAAUCCAUUAUUUGGUUUCAUUUACCUGGCGACUGUCACCAAAUGUUAACUUUAGCAUUUUUUCCCAAAACCAAUGCCAAAGUCAAUAAAGUUAGCAUAUUUUAAAUGUCCUGCACAAGCCAACAUGCACCGAAUUAGUGUCUCCACAGUAGCUUAAUCUUUCUCUUUCUGUCUUUUUUUUUUGUCCCCCUUUGCUGUUCCUAGGCCAGUCCUCCUGGUGUGCUGGCUUUGCUGGAUGAAGAGUGCUGGUUCCCCAAGGCCACAGACAAGAGCUUUGUGGAGAAGGUGGUUCAGGAGCAGGGCAACAACCCCAAGUUCCAGAAGCCCAAGAAACUCAAGGACUCUGCCGACUUCUGCAUCAUCCACUACGCUGGAAAGGUCAGUUACCACUCGUGUGGGGGAAUCUAUCAAUCUCUAAUUGGGUUGCACAAUUCGGGGAACUUUAUUCAAGUUCUUAGGGUUUUCAGAGAUCCUCCAACUGGAACUUCUGAAAAACCAGCGAAUUCUGCUAGAAUUUUGCAACCCUAAUAAUUUAUCUUGAACCCGAUCAAAUUGGUAAAACCACAACUUCUUGAAAGGUCAGCUAUGUGAUCACAAAAUGGUUCCCCCCCCCCCUCCCCCCCUCCCCAGGUGGACUACAAGGCAGAUGAGUGGCUGAUGAAGAACAUGGACCCCCUGAAUGACAACGUGGCCACGCUGCUCAACCAGUCCACUGACAAGUUUGUGUCGGAGCUCUGGAGAGACGGUAAAUCUCGAGAUUAUAGACAGUUGACUAGACCAGAGGAGGCUGCUGAGGGGAGGACGGCUCAUAAUAAUUGCUGGGAUGGAGUGAAUGGAAUGGUAUCAAACACAUGAAAAACAUUUAUAAGCUGUCCUCCCCUCAGCAGCCUCCACUGGAACUAGACAGUAACUGGGUUGGGCUAUAGACUCUAAUAGUGUGAUGUCACCUACUGUUGGUACAUAGAACUGCAUGAUUGGUGUUGGCCAAUAGAACUGCAUGUAUGCCUUUCUGUAUGUUUGAACUGAGAAAGUACAUGGUGAAAGAAAUGAACUGCAGGAAAGAUGAGUUGAUAAGGGAUAUCUAUGAUCCUGUUUCUCCUUAUCAUUCUGUCUCUCUCUCUCAGUGGACCGUAUUGUGGGUCUGGACAAAGUUGCUGGGAUGUCUGAUGGCGGGCUGCACGGGGCAACUAAGAUCCGUAAGGGCAUGUUCCGCACCGUGGGCCAGCUUUACAAGGAGCAGCUGUCCAACCUCAUGACCACUCUCAGGAACACCAACCCCAACUUCGUCCGUUGCAUCAUCCCCAACCACGAGAAGAAGGUAUGGCGUCUACAGUCAUCAAAUCUUCCAUUGCUCAAUGAGUGUUUUGACUAUAAACUUCAAUGAUCAAUACAAAACACAGGCAGUUGGUCUAUGUACUAUAAAAUAAUAUUUAAAAUCCUGACUCUUCACUUUGUCACUGUCAGUCUGGUAAGCUGGAGCCCCACCUGGUUCUGGACCAGCUGAGGUGUAAUGGAGUUCUGGAGGGGAUCCGUAUCUGCAGACAGGGCUUCCCCAACCGCAUCGUCUUCCAGGAGUUCAGACAGAGGUAACCACGGGAGACGGGACCAUAUCGUUGCAUGGUCUUCAUCUCCUACCUGUUUAUCAGCAUCACUGUGAGCAGACUAGACUGUUACUGUAUUUGUGUCUUAUCUUCUUAAACGUCUCCUGUUCUCCCAGAUAUGAGAUCCUCACUCCUAACGCCAUUCCCAAGGGAUUUAUGGACGGCAAACAAGCCUGUGUGCUCAUGGUAAGAGGCGUCAGACCAAACCAUCAUUCAGCAGUCUUCCAAUGUCAUUCUGAAAUUCCCAAUGACGUUCCCAAACGUCAUCCUCUCUCCUUGCUCUUCCCAGAUCAAGGCCCUGGAGCUGGAUUCCAACCUGUUCCGGGUCGGCCAGAGUAAGGUGUUUUUCCGGGCCGGAGUCUUGGCCCACCUGGAGGAGGAGAGGGACAUGAAGAUCACCGACAUAAUCAUCAGCUUCCAGUCCUGGUGUCGCGGAUACGUGGCCCGCAAGUAAACAACUUGUCAUUUAGAGCAGUAACUAUUAUAGGUUUGGCUUAUGGUUUUCUACUGUAUAUUAGUUGGUGUGAGUGCGCUAUGUACACAUACUCCAAUAACAUGAUAAUGUAGAUGAAUGUCUUUUUGUCUGUCUCCAGAGCCUUCACUAAGAGACAGCAGCAGCUGACUGCUAUGAAGGUGAUCCAGAGGAACUGUUCUGCCUACCUCAAACUCAGGAACUGGCAGUGGUGGAGACUCUUCACCAAGGUACACACACUCUGUUGCAAAUCAACAUGGGAGUGUUGCAGACCUCAUCCCCUACUCCUCAGCUACCUACAUUGUCCUGAGUCCCUGUCUUCUUCCUCUACUCCCCCAGGUGAAGCCUCUGCUGCAGGUGACCAGGCAGGAGGAGGAGAUGCAGGCCAGGGAGGAUGAGCUGGAGAAGACCAAGGAGAGGCAGCAGCAGGCUGAGCAGCAGCUGCAGGAGUUUGAGGCCAAGCAGCAGCAGGUAUGAAGUGUCCCUUCUAGAAAUUAUAUUUCUAUGGAUUGGACUAAACCCCAAUUUAAGGUAAUGACUUGUACACUCAGAACGAUUAUGAAUUGCAUCUACUUGGUGCCUUUCAAUAUGUCUUAUAGGGGUGGUUUCCUAGACACAGAUUAGGCCUAAUCCUGGACUAAGAAGCAUUUAACUGAGAUUUUCCAUGGAGUUUUCUUUUUAGUCCAAGGCUUAAUCUGUCCAUGAAAUCGCCCCUAGUGUCUUAUACAUUUGUUAGGGGCUGGACUGAGUCACUUUCAUACUAUGUGACACCAUAAUAUCCUAAACCACCAGCAUUUCAGCCUUACUGUGUAUCAUUGCCCUGUUUCUAACACAUAGCCCUCUGUUCCCCCCCCCCCCCCCCCCCCCCAGCUGAAUGCAGAGAAGCAAGCCCUGCAGGAGCAGCUGCAGGCGGAGACGGAGCUGUGUGCCGAGGCGGAGGAGAUGCGCUCCAGGCUGGCCACCAGGAAGCAGGAGCUGGAGGAGAUCCUCCACGACCUGGAGGCCCGGGUGGAGGAGGAAGAGGAGAGGGUCACCCAGCUACAGACUGAGCGGAAGAAGAUGCAGACGAACAUCACGGUAGAGCGUUUGAAAUAUUCUUAAUGAUGGACUCUGUAACUUUCCCUUGCUAAUUGAGCCUUGUGGUCCAAACCUGUCAGAAGUCACAUGUAAAUAGUUAGAUAUGAACACUAUUUCUCCUAUUAAAUUGCCUUUGCAAAUUGUCCAUUUUCACUGGUUUUCAUUUCACCCUCCAAGGGGUGUGGCGCUUUUAAUGAACUUGGAGAGGAAGGGAGUGAUGGAAGAAAUGGAGGUGAAAACAUCUUAAUUAAAACAUUCCAUCUCUCUCCCGCCAUCUGUCUGUAGGACCUGGAGCAGCAGCUGGAUGAGGAGGAGGCGGCCAGGCAGAAGCUGCAGCUGGAGAAGAUGACCACAGACGCCAAGCUGAAGAAGAUAGAGGAGAAUGUCAUGGUGCUGGACGACCAGAACAACAAACUCAACAAGGUUUGUAGUACAAGUUGAUGGUUUUUCGGAUGAAUGAAAUAAUCAAUUAGGCAGUCAUUCAUUCCAGCAAUGAAGCCAACAAUCAUGGACCGAUUUUAUUAUUAAGAGUAAAUUACUGUUUGUAAUUCAGGGACUAGGUGUUAACUUUGAAUGUAAUAUCGGGUGUGUAACCUUUUGGGGUUGUUAUUGUGUAACCUUUUGGGGUUGUUAUUGUGUAACCUUUUGGGGUUGUUAUUGUGUAACCGUUUGGGGUUGUUAUUGUGUAACCGUUUGGGGUUGUUAUUGUUUGCUUGCAGGAGAAGAAGCUGUUGGAGGAACGUAUCUCAGAGUUCACCACCAACAUGGCUGAGGAGGAGGAGAAGUCCAAGAGCCUGCAGAAACUCAAGAACAAGCACGAGGCCAUGAUCGCUGACAUGGAGGGUAGGUGGACCAUAGAGAUUCUAUGCUUAUGAGGUGAACCACCUUUCCUUGCCUCUUGUCCUUUAUCUGUACUGAUCUGAAAAGCACUGGUGAGAGCAAUCUGAGACAAGGAGGGACACUAAAGUAUUGAGAAGUAACCCUGCUUUCCCAUCCCUCUCCCUCCAUCAGACCGGCUGAGGAAGGAGGAGAAGAGUCGUCAAGAGCUGGAAAAGAACCGCAGGAAGCUGGAGGGAGACUCCACGGAGCUGCAUGACCAGAUGGCUGACCUGCAGGCCCAGAUAGCCGAGCUCCGAGCCCAGCUGGCCAAGAAGGAGGAGGAGCUAAUGGCUGCUCUAGCCAGGUGAGGGGAAAGGGAAACCCAUAAUUGGAGAAGGGGCCCAAAUUGUGUAUCAAAAGUAUUUUUGACAUUAGAAAUGAAGCAUUAUAGGCCGGAUGUACGAAGACAAACAUAGGCCUGCAUUUGGUUGGACUGAACUAGAGGUGUUAUUUUACUUUCCAUUGAAAGUUUGAUUUGCUGUUGUUGAUUUAGGAUCUCAUUAAGCCCAUACAGUAAAAACAAAGUUAAGUCUACAAAAUAGUCUUGUAUGACUUUCAUUUCAAUGCCUUCCACUCUAACCCCCAUCCUCCUUCGCUUCCCACCACCCUCCAGGAUAGAGGAGGAGGCCGGGGCCAAGAACACGGCCCAGAAGAAGAUCCGGGAGCUGGAGGCACAGCUUUCUGAGCUGCAGGAGGACCUGGAGCUGGAGAGGGCUGCGAGGGCCAAGGCUGAGAAACACCGCAGGGACCUGGGAGAGGAACUAGAGGCUCUGAAGACUGAGCUGGAGGACACACUGGACUCUACUGCAGCACAGCAGGAGCUCAGGUACUGGGAGCAUGCGCGCGCACACACACACACACACACACACAGUUGGAGGUGAAGGAGAGCGAGACAGUGGUUUGCCAUGUGUAAAUGUCAAGUUGUAGUAAUAAACACUUAACCGUUGAAGACAUAUGGUGCCAUUUCUCAAUUCCCCUCUUCCUCCACCACCUUCAAUCGCUCCAUCCUGUUGUUCAGAAACAAGCGUGAGACGGAGGUGACCCAGCUAAAGAAGAUUCUGGAGGACGAGGCCAAGGUGCACGAGCAGCAGGUGGCCGACUUGAGGCACAAACACAACCAGGCCUUCGACGAGCUCAACGAACAGCUGGAGCAGGCCAAGAGGGUGAGAGCUCACUUCCACUGCAUUAUACUGUUCAUAUGUAGACAUUAUGGUUCUCUAACAUGACCGUGGGAAUCUUUUCUCUUCCUGUUUCAAUAUUGCUUGUCGGUUGACCGGUCAGACCGUAACAUUUGAGGUUUUUCCUGAGGUUUUACUGUAAUAGUUUGUAUUUCAUAUUGAAGUCUUCAUAUGCACGAAGUUAUAUAACCAACCGUACAGUAUGAACAUUAACGCUUCCUCAGAAGUAAAACAAGCUAUACAUGAUAGUAUUUUGGUAGAGAACCGCCUAUGUAACCUCCUGCCCAUGUGUCCGCUCCUUCAGAACAAGGUGUCAGUGGAGAAAGCCAAGCAGGCUAUGGAAAGCGAACAUAAUGAGCUGGCCAUCGAGCUGAAGAACCUGAACCAGGGGAAGGUUGAGUCAGAGCACCGCAGGAAGAAGGCUGAGACCCAGGUCCAGGAACUGCAGAUCAAACACACAGAGAGCGAGAGGCAAAGGAAGGAGCUGGCUGACAAGGUGGCCAAGAUGCAGGUAGGUGUGGACUGGAUUUUGGAUACUGUGGCUUGGCUGUAGGUGAUGGAGAAAGAGGAAUAAUAUGAGGCAAGAGGGUGGCGGAAUGGGGAUCCGGAACACUUUGGGGCAUUUCAAAGUGUUAUUAUGAUGGGUUGGUUGGUGGAUGGAUAGAUAGAUUAACAUUAUGUAUAUUCGGGAUGGAUCCUCAAAGUUCUACAGCUGCACCAUCGAGAGCAUCCUGACUGGUUGCAUCACCGCCUGGUAUGGCAACUGCUCGGCCUCCGACCGCAAGGCACUACAGAGGGUAGGGAUGGCCAGUAACUGGGCCAAGCUUCCUGCCAGCCAGGACCUCUAUACCGCGGGAAGGCCCUAAAAAUCGUCAGACUCCAGCCACCCUAGUCAUAGACUGUUCUCUCUAUACGUUAUGCAAGCAAGUACAGGCGCCAUGUGUAGGUUCAAAAGGCUUCUUACAGCAGUCUACCCCCAAGCCAUAAGACCCUGAAAGCAAUGAAUGUGUAUGGUAUUUGGAAUGUUCCCCCCACCCCUCUUUUACGUGCUGCUACUCUGUUUAGUCUAUGCAUAGCACUAACUCUACCACAUGUUUAUGUACCUCGACUAACGUGUCCUGCAAUGCAUCUGUACGGUAUCCCUGUUAUGUCCUCCCUACUGUAUUUCUUUUACUGGUCUAAUUAUUGUACUUUUACUUAAGAAAAAUAAGCUUGUUGGUUAAGGCUUGAAGUAAGCAUCACUGUAAGGUUACACCUGUUGUAUUCGCAUGUGGCAAAUGAAUUAUAAUGGAUUGUUCGGAGACGUGGUAAAUGUUCGCUAUUCCUCUUUUCUGUCUCUUGUCUAGUCGGAGCUGGACAACGUCAACAGCGUGUUGAGUGUGGUCGAGGCCAAGUCCAUCAAGGCAACUAAAGACUAUUCCACUGUGGAGUCCCAACUGCAGGAUGUACAGGUACGGUCACACAGACACACUCACCAACACACACGUUGUGCUGUUUAGAACUGGCCUUAAGCACACACACUGUAACCAUUGUUUCCCUUUUUUCCUCUUUAUAGGCGCUGUUCCAGGAGGAAACUCGUCAGAAGCUCUCUUUCUCCACUCGUCUGCGUCAGAUGGAGGAUGAACAGAACAACCUGAGGGAGGCUCUGGAGGAAGAGGAGCAGGGCAAGAAGAACAUGGAGAAGCAGCUCUUCACCCUCCAAGCACAGGUUGCUAGCACAUUCCUCUGUCUCUAUCUCCUGUGGCUCCGUAAUACUAUCCAGUUUUGGUUCCCCUAUCGUGCAUUUACUACACCACCUACAUCUUUCUAUAUUUUCUCAAUCAAAUCCCUUGGUUGAACUAUGCCACCUUGUACGCUAGGACAUACAGACCAUGAAGUCUCUGAAGCGUUUCAUGUAUUUUCCCUGUUGACACGACUUGAUGCUUUAGCUUGACCAAUCAGCUCUACGUUUCAUGUGCAUCUCUUCCUCUCCUUUACCUUUCUACCAAACUUCUAAUACUCUUCUCUCAUCCCCCCCCACCCCCUAUCCUCAGCUGACGGAGAUGAAGAAGAAGGUGGAGCUGGAGGCCCAGUCCCUGGAGGGGGCAGAGGAGAACAAGAAACGUAUGCAGCGGGAGCUGGAGGGCGUGGGCCAACAGCUGGAGGAGAAGGCGUCGGCCUACGACAAGCUGGACAAGACCAAGACCCGUCUGCAGCAGGAGCUGGAUGACAUGAUGGUGGAUCAGGACAAUCUCAGGCAGAUGGUGUCCAACCUGGAGAAGAAGCAGAAGAAGUUUGACCAGGUGAAUGGGUUGAUGGAUGAUGAUGAUGGCAUAGAGGUUCUAUAGCAGAGGUGGGCAGUGAGCACCUCCGGUCCUGGAGGGCCAAAGACUGCAACCACUGCAGCCCUCAAGGAUUAGAGGUGCCCUGAGAACCCUGUUUUAGAGGCUUAUUUGCUAGAUUUAAUCACUGGCCCAUGACAAGCGGUUCAUAAUAUGAACCUGUAAUGAUUGAUUUAUGCAUCAUAUAAUGAUGUAUAGAUCAAUCAUUUGAGGUUCAAAUUUGCUUCAAGCACUACAUCAAAACAAAAUUAGAUUUGACUCGUGAACUGUCUACUAAAAUACCUCCUUUUCUGUCCCUAUAACAGAUGCUGACUGAAGAGAAGACUAUCUCCAGCCGGAAUGCUGAGGAGAGGGACCGGGCUGAGGCUGAGGCCAGAGAGAAGGAAACGCGGGCCCUGACUCUGACCCGCGAGCUGGAGGCCAUGAAGGACCUGAAGAAUGAACUGGACCGGGCCAACAAGGUCCUCAAGGCCGAGAUGGAGGACCUGGUCUCAUCGAAGGACGACGUCGGUAAAAGUGUAAGUCCGAUCAUGUUCUUGUAGAAAGAUAGUGGAACUAUUGAUAGUGGGUGAUUCUCAAGUUCUCGAUUCCUUGCGUCCUGUAUUCUAGACUAUUAAAAAUGCAUUCAAGUCCGAUGUUCUCCUCCAAUGUGUUUUGAAAAGGUGGAGAGUCGGGAGUAUGUGAGGAAAGACUUUUGAAAUUCACCAUUCAUAAGGAUAGUUUGGAACAUUUCCAAACACUACCAAAUCUGAAUGCACCAUCCCUCCCAAACUCCCUCAUUGAACAUUGUUGAAUGACAACGUUUUAUUUUAUUCUAAAGUUAAUCCUUUUUGUCUCUUGGUGCAGGUCCACGAGCUGGAGAAAGCGAAGCGUGCCAUGGAUCAGCAGCUGGAGGAGAUGCGUGUGCAGCUGGAGGAGCUGGAGGAUGAGCUGCAGACCACUGAGGACGCCAAGCUGCGUCUGGAGGUCAACAUGCAGGCCAUGAAGGCCCAGUUCGACAGGGACCUGCAAGCCAGAGACGAGCAGGGUGAAGAGAGGAGGAAGCAGCUGGUCAAACAGGUACUGGGUUGUGUUCGUUACAUACCAAAUGGAAGAAAACAGUCUGAAACCGGAAGAGACUACUUGAACAUCCAAUAAGAAAUGCUCAUGUUUUUAAACUGUAACCUACUAAACACAACCUUGGAUCUAUGUGAUGUUCCCCAGGUGCGGGAGAUGGAGACUGAGCUGGAGGAUGAACGGAGGCAGAAAGCCCUGGCCAUGGCUGCUAAGAAGAAGCUGGAGGUGGACCUGGGAGAACUGGAAGCAGCCAUCAGCAUGGCCAACAAGGGCCGUGAUGAGGCCUUCAAACAGCUUAAGAAACUGCAGGUAAUGCACAGAGGGACGCACACACACACAGGAGGGCACAGUUUUUAGGGGUAUUUUUUAAGGCACUCUGCUUUUACUGGUAUUUCUAGGAUUGUCCACUAGUGUUGCUGCAUGUAGGAAAUCCUAGGAAAUGUUCUGUAACUGACACAAGCUGUCUCCAAUCAAUAAAAAAAAAACGAAGGUGUUGGCUUGCCAGUUGCUGGACCCGGGUUCGAGUCUCGGUCUGGGCUAUCCCCUUAAUUCGCUUCAAUAUACUUCCAUGUUUGGUUUCAUUGACUCUCCCAUUUAACUGACCCUAAUUGACUUAUUUUUAGCUACAACUUCCGAAUCCGUUGGAGAGGAUCAGCUUGUGCAAAUUGAGGUAUAGAAUCAAUUAUCUACAAAAAGUAUUCCCUGCCAAAUAAUGGGUUUUGUGCAUCGCUUUAGUUAUGCUAUGGGGGUGAAGGUCAGUGUUAGGACAUAGACAAACACUCUACCAUGAUACACUUCCACACUCCAUCACCAGGUGGCAGCAGCAAGCGGGUCGAGAUGCUGAGCCAAGCCUUUAUUUGCACACCGGUGCUGCCAGUGAAGGUGAUCGUCAGUCAGUGUCCCAGCUGGCGUAGUUUGAGGCUGCUGGUUUUGUUUGGUGGCCAUGAGGCCUUUCAUUUGUCUUUAGUUUGGGCAUGCCUUUUUGUAUUUUUGGUACAUAUUUGUUUUGUCACCAUUGAACAAAUAAUAACCUGCUUUGACUGGCCAACCGAGGUCAUGAAGGCGCUGGACUUAAGGUAAGGUGGCUGGUUCCUGGGGUGCGUUCAGUUCUAUUGAACAUUUGCUAUGUUGUGUAACUGUUUGUAUUGAACGACACGUUUCCCCAAAAUGUUCUUCAAGCUAUGUUUGCUCCGUGUGGCUUGAAGCAAUGAGUGACUUAUUUAAAGGGAUACUGCGAGAUCUUGUUCUACAUACCCAGAGUCCAAUGAACUUGUGGAUACCAUUUGUAUGUCUCUGCGUGCUGUAUGAAUGAAGUUGGCAGUAGUUUUGUGAGCGAAUUCUAACUAGCAUUAGCGCAAUGAUGAAGUCUAAGGGUACGGUAGCAAUGCAGAUGUUUGUGUCGAUAGUAUGCUAGGAGAGGAUUGCAGCAGUGCUAGUAAGACAGCUGAUGGGUUUUGGCCAGAAAAAAUUAGGGGCAGCAGCCACGAGGUUAGUCAAUUGUUUUCAGCUGGUAGUCUAUCUACUGUAAGGCUGAUUUUUGUUUUUAUAUACAGUACCAGUCAAAAGUUUGGACACCUACUCAUUCAAGGGUUUUUCUUUAUUUUUUACAUUGUAGAAUUAAUAGUGAAGACAUCAAAACUAUGAAAUAUCACAUUUGGAAUCAUGUAGUAACCCAAAGUGUUACACAAAGAAGCCACUCUUUGCCUUGAUGACAGCUUGGCAUUCUCUCAACCAAUUUCACCUGGAAUGCUUUUCCAACAGUCUUGAAGGAGUUCCCACAUAUGCUGAGCACUUGUUGGCUGCUUUCCCUUCACUCUGCGGUCCAACUCAUCCCAAACCAUCUCAAUUAGGUUGAGUUCGGGUGAUUGUGGAGGCCAGGUCAUCUGAUGCAGCACUCCAUCACUCUCCUUCUUUGUAAAAUAGCCUUUACACAGCCUGGAGGUGUGUUGGGUCAUUGUCCUGUUGAAAAACAAAUGAUAGUCCCACUAAGCGCGAACCAGAUGGGAUGGCGUAUCGCUGCAGAAUGCUGUGGUAGCCAUGCUGGUUAAGUGUGCCUUGAAUUCUAAGUAAAUCACUGACAGUGUCACCAGCAAAGCACCAUCACACGUCCUCCAUGCUUCACGGUGGGAACCACACAUGCAGAGAUCACCCGUUCACCUACUGUGUCUCACAAAGACACGGCGGUUGGAACCAAAAAUCUAAAAUUUGGACUCAUCAGACCAAAGGACAGAUUUCCACCGGUCUAAUGUCCAUUGCUCGUGUUUCUUGGCCCAAACAAGUCUCUUCUUCUUAUUGGUGUCCUUUAGUGGUUUCUUUGCAGCAAUUCGACCAUGAAGGCCUGAUUCACGCAGUCUCCUCUGAACAGUUGAUGUCUGUUACUUGAACUCUGUGAAGCAUUUAUUUGGGCUGCAAUUUCUGAGGCUGGUAACUCUAAUGAACGUAUCCUCUGCAGCAGAGGUAACUCUGGGUCUUCCUUUCAUGAGAGACAGUUUCAUCAUAGCGCUUGAUGGUUUUUGCAACUGCACUUGAAGAAAGUUCUUAAUUUUCUGGAUUGACAAUCCUUCAUGUCUUAAAGUAAUGAUGGACUGGUGUUUCUCUUUGCUUAUUUGAGCUGUUCUUGCCAUAAUAUGGACUUGGUCUUUUACCAAAUAGGAUUAUCUUCUGUAUACCCACCCCUACCUUGUCACAACACAACUGAUUGGCUCAAAUGCAUUAACUUUUAACAAGGCACACCUGUUAAUUGAAAUGCAUUCCAGGUGACUACCUCAUGAAGCUGGUUGAGAGAAUGCCAAGAGUGUGCAAAGCUGUCAAGGCGAAGGUGGCUACUUUGAAGAAUCUAAAAUAUAUUUAGUUUAACACUUUUUUUUUUUAGGUUACUACUUGAUUCCAUAUGUGUUAUUUCAUAGUUUUGAUGUCUUCACUAUUAUUCUACAAUGUAGAAAAUAGUAAAAAUAAAGAACCCUGGAAUGAGUAGGUGUUCAAACCUUUGACUGGUACUAUAUCAUUUUUUAAAAUUCUCAUGGGCCGAAAACAGUUCUGGCUAUGGAUUUGGUAGCUUUUAUUGGCGCUGUUUGCAGGAUUAGAUUUCCCAGUUGGGAGUCUGGAGGAUGUGUUUGUGUUAGCGCUAGGCUAGUGGCUAACUGUUGCUAUGGUUGGUAGCAUUUGGUGCAUGGCAUGCUGUUUUUGCCUGGUUGGAGUGGUUAUCUCUGGGGCUUGGAGCACGCGCAUGCAUUGGUUGGUUAGCGGUGAGCUAGUGGCUAACUGACUUGUCAGUUGAUUUAUUAGUUGUCUUUGGCGUACUGAUUUUUGACUGGGGGCAUUUGAGCCAGCAGUGUAUUGUGUAGAGGAUGGUGGGGUUUUCCUCAAGCUAACGAGGGGUACAUUUUUUCAGGUGGCAUAAAUGCUGGAGGUUGAAAUAGCGGAGGAGUUGAACAAGGUAGAGGUUGUAGGGCCGCUAUGGGAGAAGUGGGAUGAAGUCAUGCCGCCGGUUUUGAUGGACACCAGUCAUGAGGAAGAAUACUUUGUUAAUGGCUAGGCUCGAACAGGAGAUGGCACCGCUGAAACAGCAGGUGAGUAAAGGACAGCAUAGAGGGGGAGUUUGUCAGACGGUCUUCUCACUUAACCAGUUUCAUCCAGUGAUCAGAAUGAUGAGCUAGUUUCCAAGUGAUCAGGUUUGUGUAACACCAGUGGAAAGUCAGGGGUGCGUUCAGUUCAAUUGAACGUUUGCUAUGUUGUGGAACGGUCUGUGCAGAUGUUUCUCACUGAGCAUGGGUGGGUCAGUAUUGUCCCCAGCACCUAUUCACUGUGGUGUCACUCGGGGGUCAAUUCUGGGCACCAUCAAAGAUUAAGCGUAAAUCUAAUUUUAUUCAACGUUCUGACUUGUAGAGCUUUGUCUUUUUUGGGGGGGGCGACAUCGGUCAGACUGAAAAAUCCAUGGCGUAACCAUGGUAAGUCUCUCAAGGAGUUUUGAGGUAUGCCCAGUUUGUAAAGUUACUCAUGUUCAGAAGAGUCCUGAUAAAAAAAAUAUAUAAUAAUUUAAACGAUAGGGAGGAGGAUGAUUUGUGGGGGGGCCCUUGGAGGAAACAUUAUUUGCAGAAACUAGAUGGUGGUUCCCAGGAAAUUGUUCUCCCUAGUGAGGAAGGUGAUUCUUGUCUAUCUGAGACCUUCUGGGCAGAGAUAUGAUGUAGUGUGCCCUCUGCAGGAUGAGAGAGAUUCAUGUGUCAAUUUAGGGGACACGUUCCUUGUCAAAGUAGGGGAGGUUGUGGUUCCUCAGCAGGCUGACUGUGAGGGAGGAGAUUCUUCCCAGUCAUGUUUUGCGGGGUGACACGGCUGUGUCUUGUGAGCGGAAUCAGAAGCUUGAAAAAGUGAGUUUGGGAAAGCCAGAUCCACCGGUUUUGUCACUUCCUGUUAUUGAGGAGCGGUUGACAGUUCCUCUAGCAUAUAGGCCUAGUGAGUCUCCUGUUAAGGUGGAGGAAAAUGAGGAUAUGGCUAGUGGUUUCCCUCCAGUGAGUGCUCGGGGCUGGAGCAAAGAGGCAUUGGGGAACGGUUGGUGUUCCUAGUGAGUUUGCUGAAGUUGUGGUUAAUGUUCACUUGUCCCUGGUGGUGGUUGCUCUAAUCGGCGCUUGCAUAUCAGAUGGAGCUUGGCGCUUUUGACCAUGGGCGUAGUGAAUGGAGUAGUUCUCAGUUUAGAACCAGAGGGGUUACAGCUGAUCCCUUGAUUUGUUCAAGUCAGACUUUGGGCAGGAAGAAAUUACCUGAGUGUAGAGCAGUGAAUUUGAUGGUUUUGGUUUUAACUGGCUUCUGGUUUUGAGAAUGUCUCUCUCUCACACACACUAACCUUGUCUAUGCACCCAAAGUGAGCUGAAGGCAUGCUCAACAGCUGCAAGAAGGUUUACACCGACAAAAACGUAGUUCACAGCUCUCACUACAAAUUAGGCAGUGUGCGGUCUUUUUCGGUAGAACAAUACCAAGCCCUACAGUCUGGUGUGGUACUUGACUCGGUCCUUUGUGGUUCUCUCCUCCCAUACAGGCCCUGAUGAAAGAUCAGAUGAGGGAGCUGGAGGAGCUGCGUUUGUCCAGGGACGAGGCCCUCAACAUGGCCAAGGAGAAAGAAAAGAAAAUCAAGUCCAUGGAGGCCGACACCAUCCAUCUCCAGGAGGUAUGUCUGUCUGCAGGUCUCUCUCUGUUUCCCUUUGUCUCUAUCGCUCGCUCGCUGUCUCCACCCCCACUGUCCAUGUUCUAAUGCUCCUCAUGAGACUCCUCUCCAUCUUCCAUAGGAGUUGGCAUCUGCUGAGCGAGUCAAGAAACAGGCCCAGGCAGAGAGGGACGAACUGCAGGACGAACUCAACAGCCACAAUGCCAAGAAGUACGACUCAGACACCUCAUAGAAACACUAUGUGCACUCCAUUGGUUUACAUUAAUUUGCAUGGAAUUUUGCCAUUUCUGUGAUGGUGUUCUUCCUCCCAACCAAAAUGUAUCUCUCCCUUCCUCUCUCGUUCUCGCCCUUGCUCUCGCCCUUCCCAUCAGUUCCCUGACGGUGGAUGAGAAGAGGAGGCUGGAGUCUCGUAUCGCUAAGCUAGAGGAGGAACUGGAGGAGGAGCAGUUGAACAUGGAGAUGGUCAACGACCGCUUGAGGAGAACCACACUGCAGGUAAUGAACUGAAUGCAAAGCUGAGGAGCUACACCGAGAAAUUGUAUUUCAACUUUAUUUAUCUGGGUUAAUCACAAGGAGAUGAAGAGGUAUUCUGGUUGAAGAAUGUUUGCAUGUUCUGUUUAUGUAGUGUUUCAACCUGAAUCAUUAGACCUUAGAGCUCUAUUUGUAUUAGAAGUACUCAAUUGAGACAAAUACACCAUGUCAAACGUUAUGGGCCGGCUACUACAUUGUCCAAUUCAUAGUCUUGUGUCCAUACCUCCACUCUCUCCUCCCUAGACUGACCAACUGACCACUGAGCUGUCGGCGGAGCGCAGUACCUCCCAGCGCCUGGAGGGGACCCGGGCCCAGCUGGACCGGCAGAAUAAGGAGCUGACGCUCAAGCAGCAGGAGCUGGAGGAGACGGUCAAGUCCAAGUACAAGGCCUCUAUGGCUGCCCUGGAGGCCAAGAUACUGCAGCUGGAGGAUCAACUGGACUUGGAGUCCAAGUAAGUAAAAACCAUUGUCUGCCUCCAUUGGUCUUUCCUCAAUUCCUCACGUCCACUCUCCUUGCUUCCUUCUCAAAACGUGUUGUAGGAGAGGAUACAAGGUCCCUCCCCUCUGACCUCCUAUGAAUUUUGAGAAGCAGGUGAGGAGAAAUGGCCCCUAUUCAUGAGUCAUGUCUUGACUCUGUUUUUUCUGUUCUAAGGGAGCGUCAGCAGUCGUCCAGGCUGGUCAGGCGCACAGAGAAGAAGCUGAAGGAGGUGCUGCUGCAGGUGGAGGAUGAGCGACGCAACACGGAGCAGUACAAAGUAGAGGUGGGUCCUCUCCGCAUAGAACUAGAUAGGUUACCUACCCCUAUAUCAGUGACCUGCAACUACAUCUGUAGCACCAUGGGUGUAUAUCAGUGGAGGCUGCUGAGGGGAGGACGGCUCAUAAUAAUUGCUGGAACGGCUCGAAUGGAAUGGCAUCAAACACAUGGAAGCCAUAUGUUUGUAUUUGAUACCAUUCCACCUAUUCCACUCCAGCCAUUACCACGAGCCUGUCCUCCCCAAUUAAGGUGCCACCAACCUCCUGUGGGUGUGUGUGUGUAUAUAGCCCCAGGUGCAAUGUAACCAGACAAGCGAGACGAAGGAUGCAGAUGAUACAAUAAUUUCCAUGCAUUAUAAAGAUCUGGGGUGUUCAUUACUCAGAUUUGUUUACUGUAGGAACCAAUCGAAACCAAACAGAGCAAACGGAAGGAAAUGGAGAGGAACCUACCUGAAUUUGUCCAAUAGAAACUCUAGUUUUCCUUGCAAAACAUUUUCUGUUUGGAGUAAACUGUUUCCGUUGCUAAAUGUUUUGCAACAGACUAAACAUUUUGCAAUGGAAUCCGACGAAUGAAUAUACCCCAGAUAAUUUGUGCAGACCUGUUCUGAAUCUGCGCGGUCUGUAAAACAACCAGAGACCGCUUAGUAUAACCUAAUCUGUAUAGCUGCAGCCACUGAACCACCUUGCAUAGUUACUGUAUAGCCUCAUAGAUGAAGACUACAUAGAUUUGCAGUCAAUGAUCGAAAAUCCUCUGCCCGUACUCCACAGGCAGAGAAGGCGAACAGCCGCACACGUCAGCUAAAGCGUCAGCUGGAGGAGGCCGAGGAGGAAGUGACACGGGCCAACGCCAACCGCAGGAAGCUGCAGAGGGAGCUUGACGACGCCACUGAGUCGCAAGACGCCGUGACCCGAGAGGUCAGCACCCUGAAGAGCAAGCUCAGGUAUGGUCAUCAAUCAUCCCUCACCCACCCUCCUUUUACCCUUUGUUCAUUAGGGUGAAAUGUUGCUCAAGGUUUAGAUAGAUCCCCCCAUGGGUGCAUGUUUUGGUUUUUGCCCUAGCACUACAGUUGAUUCAAAUAAUCAAAGCUUGAUGAUGAGUUGGUUAUUUGAAUCAGCUCUGUAGUACUAGGGCAAAAACCAAAAUGUGCACCCAGAGGGGCUCCCAGGACUGAGUUUGGGAAUCCCUGGUGUAGAGUAUGUAUGUUAAGUAGAAUAGGGGAUUGUCUGAUCUUUUUGUUACAUUUCUAUCAGCAACAUUCUGAACUCAUUGAAUAUAACCCAGCCCUUUUGAUAGUUAGACUGAUUUUAUAGUUAUGGUGUUUUUGGCACACCUUUUUACAGAAAUACAAUACGUUACUUGGGUCUUUGACUUUGAACAAGCAUAAAUGGAUCUAAAAAUGUAUUACUUUCAGUAAUUGCAUAAUACAUGUUACCAAAUAUCUCUGAAGUCAUUGAUUGGGUUGAUUUACUCUCUGCAGGCGUGGGGACUUGCCUUUAAACAUGCGCCGCGUCAUCAAUCGCACAGACAUGGGGGACAGUGAUGAGGAGAUGGAUAUGACCAGCGAAACACCUAAGCCCAUACCG